GAGCACAAGUCUUUCAGAAUGUGAGCUGCACACCAUGUGACAGUGCGCUGAAGGAACAAACUCCUCACUGUGCCAUUUUAACUGCUCGACUUUGCAGUGAACAGCAGCUUCUGAGUGGUCUGCAGCAGACGUGGAUAAUCUGGUCAAAAUGGAGCCAAAGAAGAUCAGAGAAGGCUAUCUAGUGAAGAAGGGCACUGUCUUCAACUCCUGGAAGGCACUGUGGGUUGUGCUCUCAGAUGAUGGACUGGAGUUCUACAAAAAGAAAAGCGACAGCAGUCCCAAAGGCAUGAUUCCUCUCAAGGGAGCUGCCAUGACAAGCCCUUUUCUGGAUUUCCAAAAGAGAAUGCUCGUGUUCAAACUGAGCACCGCCAAGCAGCAGGAUCAUUACUUUCAGGCAGCCUAUUUGGAAGAAAGAGACACCUGGGUGAAGGACAUCAGGAAAGCGAUUAAAUGUCUGGAAGAAGGAUGUCAGUUUGCACGCAAGUCAACAAGGAAAUCAAUACGGCUGCCAGAGGCUGUGAAUUUGGGCACCUUAUACCUUGCUAUGAAAGAUCCAGAUUCAGGAGUCAGAGAACUGAAGCUGGAAAAGGAUAAGAAAGUGUUCAACCACUGCUUUACAGGCACUGCUGUCAUUGACUGGCUGAUGUCAAACAACAAAGUACGGAAUCGACAGGAAGGUCUUAUACUGGGAACGGCUCUCAUCAGUGAAGGCUACUUACAGCCGGCAGGAGAGCUGUCCAAAGCCGCUACUGAAGAUAUUUCAGAAACAACACUUCUUGAUCAGAUUGAUGCAUUUUACUAUUUUGCGGACAGUGGAUUUUACUGUGAAGGAAAUUCAAGUGAUGAAGAUGUUAUAUUGAAAGAAGAAUUUCGAGGUGCAGUGGUGAAGCAAGGAUGUCUGCUAAAGCAGGGUCACAGAGUAAAAAACUGGAAAGUAAGAAAAUUCAUUCUGCGUGAUGAUCCAGCCUACUUGCACUACUAUGAUCCUACAAAGGGUGACGAGGAUGCUCUUGGUGCUGUUCACCUCAGAGGCUCGGUGGUUACUGCAAUAGAAUAUGUGCCAGAUGCUAAGAAGUAUGAUGUGGAAGGCAACCUGUUUGAAGUGAUUACAGCUGAUGAAACACAUUACUUCCUACAAGCAGCCACACCAGAUGAGCGUAAAGAGUGGAUUCAGGCCAUCCAAACUGUAGCCAAGUCUGGGAAAUAACAUGCAAGAGAUAAACCUGGCAUUUCACCCACUUUCAAUCCCAUACGUAACAUUUCAUGCAACUCAGAAUGGUAGACUAAGCAGACUGACCCACAUCAGCUUCAAAUCAGUUCACAAAUGGCAAAUUGGCUCACAUCAAUCUGGGUGAAUCAGCACAACUACAUCACACUUAUUUCACAAUAGUUAACCUUUUAUUUUUAGACCAUUUAAAAAUAUAUCACUGCAUAUGAGAAGGGAACUUGUGAAGCACAAAAACACCAGUGCCUUGGUCAAGGGACACACAGAUGCAACUCGGGCAGUAGAAUUACAUUUUUCGGUUUAGGCAUCCUGACUUGUGGCCCCUACAACCACAUAGGAUAAAAAAUUCCACACAGAAUAACUUUGAAGAGCUUUUUUAUUUGCACUGAACAACUAUUCAAAAGUAUCUGGUCAUUUAAGAGGCACUGGAUUUGGUGUUUGACAGGGAAUGAGAUAAGCUUUAUUGCUCACAUUGAGAGUAUCUUGACAUCUGGGUCUCGGGUGUGGGUGGGUUUGCUGGUGGACUUCCCUUCACCACCCACACUGCCACCUACAUAAACAGCAGUCAAUCCACCACAAUAAAGCAGUUAGUGGUCAAACAAACCUUAGAAGGUGCCAGGUUCUGCAAAUCCUAUCCGGGUACACUGGGACACCGAAAUAUAGCACCUCGCAGAGCUAUAAAUUGAAACUCAUUUCACAUUUUCACACAUAAUGUUGCUUUUCUGCAUUUUGUUAUAAGCUGCACUGCAUAAUAUUCUUUUAUAUUUAUUUUAGUUAAUUUACAUAAGUAAAAAACAUACAGUAUGUUGGUUAAAUAUCAUAAAUAAAGCCUGAAACUGAA